CAGCCGCCACCUUUAGUGAGUAAAUUCCAAAGGACCCUGUAGAUGAAAACCGGAAAUUGUGCUGCUCUGCCUUUCCACUCUCCUUACCCUCUCGCCGGAACCGAAUCACCACAUCGUCAGGCUCCACAAUGUCCUUCUGUCUCACCCUCAAUGCCCUCACACUGCGGCUGCAAACCCACCAACGAUUCACCGUCCUGAAACCCAGACGACCGUCACGCAUAAUUGGUUCGCCUUCGAGGCUUACGCUUCUUAGGCCAAUAAGGUCUGUACAUAAGAGUUCCGACCCACUUCCCGUCGCUCCAGUGAAACCCAGAUGGGUAAAUGUGCUGCAUACCGCAGCAAGCUUGUACCCUGUCUACGUUACGGCUGGAGGGAUUCUGGCUUGCUUGAAACCAUCUGCUUUUGCGUGGUUUGUGAAGCGAGGACCUACUUCGUAUAGCUUGUCUCUUGGGUUGAUAAUGUUGGCCAUGGGUGUGACUUUGGAGCUCAGGGACUUGAUCGGUUUGUUCAAGCAUAGGCCUCUCUCUAUUUUGUUCGGAUUUAUUGCCCAGUAUGCAAUUAUGCCAGCUUUGGGGUUGAUUAUUAGCAAAAUUUUGGGGCUUCCUCCAUCUCUUUCUGUCGGUUUGAUUUUACUAGGUUGUUGCCCUGGAGGCACUGCAUCCAAUGUGGUGACCUUAAUUGCUCGUGGGGAUGUUCCACUAUCCAUUGUAAUGACAGUCUGCACCACUCUUGGGGCUGUAUUUCUUACUCCUGUUUUGACAAAGAUUCUUGCAGGAACUUAUGUUCCAGUGGAUGCUGUUAAACUUUCCAUCAGUACCCUUCAGGUGGUUGUUGUUCCAGUUCUGCUCGGUUCUUGCAUACAGAACAUAUUUCCUGCUGCAGUGAAAAUAGUGAUACCUUUUGCACCACUUCUUGCUGUAUUAACUUCAUCACUACUUGCUUGCAGUGUUUUUUCAGAAAAUGUUGUUCGUCUUAGGUCCUCCAUUGUUAGUGCACCAUCUACAUCUGAUCCCUCAUUCAGCUUGCAGUCAAUAUUUUCUGGAGAACUGGGUCUUGUUAUACUUUCUGUUCUAUUGUUACAUUUCUUCGGUUUCUUUGUUGGUUACUUUUCAGCAGCUAUUUCUGGGUUUAAAGAACCACAACGUCGAGCAAUAUCAAUUGAGAUUGGCAUGCAAAACUCUUCCUUGGGCGUGGUUUUAGCAACAUCCCAUUUCGCUUCUCCAUUGGUUGCAUUACCCCCAGCAAUGUCUGCCGUGCUUAUGAACAUAAUGGGAAGCAGUCUGGGGUUCAUCUGGAGAUAUGUGGACCCAUCUGAUCCAAAGAUUGAAACUUGAUGAAUAGUGACAGUGAAAUUCAAUCUUUUUCAUCUUUCACCAAUAAGAUCUUAGUUCAUGCUAAUGUUGUUUGAGUUUGGUUAACAAUGCAAUAGAUGCAUUAGAAGGUUUCCACUUCCCCAGAAAUUACUGUAGAAAUGCAAUAAAAUAUACCAUCAAUUAUGUUGUGAACACAAGACAAAUUACACAGAUCAUAUCCUUGCAAUAAUACCUGACGUGUAUU